AUGGAGAUACUGUCCGCUGCGCGCGCCGCACUGUCGCCAGCUUCUGGCUCUGGACACGCCGCAAGCACGAGCACGAGCUCGACGUCAACGUCAACGUCAACGUCGACCCUUGGCACCGGCACCGGCACCACCUCGCACUCGGCGGGCACGGACCUGCUGUCCGGCGCAGACCUGCAGGACCGCUGUCUCCACCGCGCAUUUGCGUUUCCACGUACCCCCGCAGGCUGGCGUGCGCUCAUGGCCUUGCUCGCGCGCGUGGGCGAGGCGGUCGAGAUUGAAGAUCACCACCCCGUCAUCCACGUCUCGCCCUUGUCCGACCUGCCGGCGCCCAUCCGCCAGCUGGUCCUGGACAGCGCCGACCUGGCUGCUGACGGCACGUCGCCCGACCUCGCGGCGGGGUACGUCCUCUGUUUGCGCACACACACGCACACGCCCAUGGCCCCGCUCGGCGCCGCCGCCGACGGUAUCGUGUUUGACGGCAAGCCCCGGCCGGGCGUCACGGCCAAGGACCUGCGGCUGGCCGAGCGGGUAGAGGCGCUGUGGAGGGAGGUUGGAGGAGGAGGGGAUGGGAGUGGAGAUGGGGUCAAGGCGUGA